CGGGGUACGGCUGUUGCCCGUGCGCUGGAUGGCCCCCGAGUCGCUGCUGUACGGCCGCUUCACGGUCGAGACGGACGUCUGGAGCUACGGCGUCCUGCUGUGGGAGCUCUACACGUACAGCCUGCAGCCGUACUACGGCUGUACCAACGAACAGGUUCUGAAGCUGAUUCUGCAAGGGGUACAACUGAGUCCGAUUUCUUCCUGUCCACCUCCUGUUCAGGAGGUCAUGAGAAGUUGUUGGUCCUCGAACCCUUGCAACCGACCUUCCUUCGCAACCAUUAAAGAGAACCUAGCAACCAUUCACCGUACUUACGAUUUGGAGGGUUUCGAGGCGUCUUUGGAUGGUCGUGACUACCGCGAAGAGGUGGUAGACUUCAGCUACGACUUGUCCAGAGAUGACACAACUGUCGAACCGCAACGCAGUCCUCUACAUCGUAUGGACUCAAUGGAUGCCACUUCUUCAACUUUAAAUUCUACUUUCAAAGGGUAUCCAGAGUCUGUGGAUACCCAAAUAUCCCAGUUACCUGAUUACCAACUGGAUGGAACUGGUUCUGAUUUAGAUUUGGACAUCUAUUCAUCAAAUUUCCAAGGGACUCCAGAUUCUGCAGGAAGUCAGCCUUCUCCAUUGAUCCCAUUGGAAAAUGUGAGUUUUGCAGGUGAUUUGCAAGCACCAAAAGACCCUCAAGUGGCAGUGGCAGACGAUUUUCAGGCAAUGGGGAACCAGAAAAUGAGUGUGGACCUUCAAAAUGAUCAAACUGUGGUACUUCACUCACACAUUUCUGCUGAUGUCAAGAUGGACCAAGCUGAAUUCUAUGGAUACGCCGUACCCAAAUACUGUUCUGAGUUACCUGGACAACUCAACAACGAGACCCAUGGAAGCGGUAGAUCAGUGAGACCUAAAACUAAUGUUUAUAACGGAAAUAAUUAUCAGAAUGCUUCCAUUGGGUCUGAUGAGGUCUAGGGUC